AUGCAUGCCAAUAUCGAAAGAUACGAUAGCUUCCUCUCAAGCCUGUGUGCACCAUCGUCCAGCACAUGGACCGAAGCUCAGGAAUCUGCGUUGCUCGAACCCUAUACCUACAUCACUGCCAACCCGGGAAAAAAAGUCGCAGACAGGCUUGUCGAAGGCUUCAACCUCUGGCUUAAUGUCCCCAAAGACAAGCUUGCGGUCAUCAUCCGCGUUGUUGGUCUUCUCCAUGAUGCUAGUCUCUUGGUAGACGACAUUGAAGAUGACUCUCAGCUGAGACGUGGGAUUCCAGUCGCACAUAAAAUAUACGGUGUCCCCCAGACCAUCAAUACCGCCAAUUACAUCUACUUCCUAGCAUAUCAAGAGUUGUCUGCUCUGAGGCCCAUAGUGCGGCGUCGCGCUUGUGAUUCGAGUGCAGGUCCAGACAAUAGUUUUAGGGAUGACAUUUCUGUCGCCGAGAAGCCCAAUUUCCCUAAACGCCUCAUUUCCAAUCAUGAUCUGGACCUUAUAGUGAAUGACGAACUCAUGUCACUGCAUCAUGGGCAGGGCCUGGACAUCCUUUGGCGUGAUACCCUCCGCUGUCCGACAGAAGAUGAGUAUGUGCAGAUGGUCAAAGACAAAACGGGCGGUCUUCUCAGAAUUGCUGUCAAACUCAUGAUGGCAUGUGCUACGGCAAACACGAACGUUGAUUACGUCCCUUUGUGUAAUCUCAUUGGGAUUUAUUACCAAAUACGUGAUGACUACAUGAAUCUCCAGAACGAUCAGUACACGAACAGCAAGGGCUUUGCAGAAGAUUUAUCUGAAGGAAAAUUCUCCUUCCCUAUUGUUCAUGGCAUCCUUGAACAGCCUGAAAACCAACUGAUCAUGAAUGUCCUGCAAAAACGCCCCAAGACUCCUACCCUCAAGCAUUACGCUAUCGAGCAUCUCAGAAACACCACCAAGUCGUUUGAUUACACCCUGGCGGUGCUCAAAAAGUUGGAGCAACAAGCUAACAGAGAACUCGAGAGACUUGGUGGAAACCCGAUGUUAUCUGCACUUUUGGACAAGCUUCAUGUCGAUGCAUGA